AUGAGCCCGCUAAUGGACUCUCUCAUUGACCACGUGAUGAAAACAGGUGCAUGGUCUGAACAAGAACUUCGGGACGAGAUCAUUACAACUUUUGUUGGGUUGAAUGAUACAAUAGGAGGACUCUUGUGUUUCGCAACAUUAAUGCUUGCAAUACAUCCUGAGGUUCAAGAGAAAGCCAGAGCUGAAGUUAGAGAGGUAGUAGGAGAUGAGGAAAUAACCACGGAGACAAUUCCUCAAUUAAUUUACAUCGACAUGAUAGUUCGAGAGACUAUCAGAUUGUUCCCCGUGGGUCCUCUACUUCCUCGAAUAUCCACAGAACCAAUAGAACUCACGACCUGCACAGUUCCAGAGGGUUGUUCUCUGUACAUGGUGCCCUUUGCCACCCACAGGGAUCCCCGCUACUGGGAUAACCCCGAGGAGUUCAUCCCUGAACGCUUUUCUCCAGAAAAUUCAAAGAACCGUCAUCCAUUCGCCUAUCUACCCUUCAGCAGCGGUUUCAGAAGCUGUCCAGGAUCGAAGUACGGCAUGAUGAGUCUGAAAGUUCUCGUUGCAUAUGUUGUGCGAUCGUAUCAUCUGGAGUCGAGCAUGAAACUUAAUGAAAUUCAAUUGCAUACGCAUAUAUCCACUAGGAGCUCUGAUGGAUACAAACUAUCUAUCCGAAAAAAUAUCAAUUAA